AUGUCUAUCUUUACACUAUUCCCUGAUAAAGGUUACAUGGCUGAAGCAGAAAUUAUGAGAACAGUCAAAAGCAAUAGAAGGGGCAAGAGCAAAGAUGGUACCACAAAGAAAAGUGGUGAAGCAUUGUCAGAAAUGAGUUUUCUCUUCAAAUGGAAAAACCGGUGGAUAGGUUAUCAAAUGGCAUCUAGUUCAAACCCUACUCCAAUGACUGUUAUUUGGAAUGCAUCUGAGUUAGAGAAAUUCAUUAAUCUAAUGGUUGAGAAUGCAAGGAAUGGUCAAAAGACUAACUCAACAUUCACUAAAGUUGGUUGGAAUAACAUCAAAACUGGACUAGAAGCUGCUUUUCAACGUCCUUUUAAUAAGGAACAACUCCGUAAUAAGAUGUACAAAUUACGAAGUGAUUAUGAUAGCUUCAAGCAACUUCUGGAGACAACGGGAUUUGGUUGGGACUCAAAUACCAGGACUGCUACUGCAGAAGAUUCCAUUUGGGAUCUAGCUGUAAAGGCAAACCCAAUUUGGUCCAAAUUUCGAAAGAGUGGUCUUCCAUGGUGGCCUGAGUUGCAAGAGAUCUUUUCAGAACAUUAUGCUCAGGCAGAUAGAGGAGUUACUCCACAAUCAGUGAAAAUUCCAAGUAGGAUCAGCAUUGAGCCUGAUUAUGAGGUUGAGAUGCCUACACAGGGAUCCCCCCUCUUUGUAGGUUUGGAUGAUAUAGAACAUACUGAUGUUGAGGAAGUUACUCCUACUCCAACCACUGUUAUUUGGACUGCAUCUGUGUUAGAGAAAUUCAUUAAUCUAAUGGUUGAUAAUGCAAGGGAUGGAACCACUCCGUUGUAA